AUGUUCAGAGCCGUACCAUUGACCUUGAGAGCCAGCCGUGGUUUUUCCACCAGUUUCAUCAGACGUAAUGUCAUCCAAGACCUAUACUUAAAGGAAUUGAAGGCCGUGAAUUUGAAGCCAAUCACAGCUGCCGAUGCCCAAGGUGCUGUUAAGCCAUGGACCACCCCAGCUGCUCCAAAGCUUCCAGAACUAGAAUUGCAAUCUGCCGAUGCUUUGAAGGAAUACGCAUCUUCUGGUGUCGAAACCGUCAGCGAAGCUAAUGAACAAUCUGCUGAAGUUGAAGAAGGUGACUGGUUAGUGUUGGAAGAAUUGGAAGAUGCUCACCAUUAA